GGGGAUGAGAUUAUCAAUGGAAAAAAAGCCAAGAAAAAUUCCUGGCAGUACAUGGCAUCAGUGCAGAUUAAUGGAAAGCACAAAUGUGGAGGCUUUCUGAUCCACCCUAGCUUUGUGUUAACAGCAGCACACUGUGAUAAGAGUGGCAACAUGAGCGUUGUCCUUGGUGACCAUAACAUAAAUGUGAAGAGAAAAAAUCUGCGUAAAUACCAAAUUAAGCAGAAAUACAAGCCCGAUUCAUACAAAGACGUAAAGACUGGUGAUGACAUCAUGCUUCUAAAGCUUUUCAAGAAAGUCAAGUUAGGCAAAGCCGUGAAAACCGUGAAAAUUCCAACCAAGGACAAAGCGGUCAAGCCGAACUCAAAGUGUUUGGUUGCCGGAUGGGGAAAAACGGAGCAGAAAAACACGGUGGAUGAGCUUCUGGAGGUGAAUGUCAACACCAUUGAUCUGAAAGUUUGCCAGAAUGAGUGGAACAAACUGAAGCGAAAACUCCCGCCCAACAUCAUCUGCGCAGGGGGCUACCAAACCAAAAAUGGGGCAUGUCAGGGAGACUCUGGUGGCCCUUUGGUGUGCAGUGGACUGGCAGUGGGCAUCGUUUCAUUUAACAUGGGACGUUGUGACUAUCCAAAUGUUCCUAAUAUAUAUACCCAGAUUUCAAAGUACACAUCCUGGAUUCAAAAAGUCAUUAAAGGGGGUUCUUAA